GAUGCUCCAGAGAGCUUCCGUUUAACCCAGAGUCUCUUUCUCCAGAGAAAAUAAAGGGAACAAAGGUGUCUGCCUCUUCAAGGGACCACAGGAAGUGGCUGGAUGAGGGUGCUGGAGUGACGGGUGACCCCAGGAGGCCUUCCUGGAGGAGGCUGAGAUAGAUCCCAGGCGUGGCCACCCUGGCAUAUCAAGCUAUUUCCAAAGCGAGGUCCAAGACUUGGUGCUGACCCAGUCAGGAAGAUGAGGCUCCUUCGCAGACGUCACAUGCCCCUGCGUCUAGCCAUGCUGGGCAGUGCCUUCAUGCUCUUCCUCUUCAUCCGGCAAAAGGACGUAAACAAAAGGGAGCAGACCAUGGAGAAACAGUGGCUGAAGUCCCUGGUGGGUCAGAAGGACCAUGUCCUGGGCCUCAUGCUAGGUGCCGUAAACAACAUUAGAGAUGUCAUGCCCAAACUGCAAAUCAGGGCUCCGGAACCCCAGCAGACUCUGGUCUCCACAAACCGUUCCUGCCUUCCGGGGUUCUAUACCCCUGCUGAGUUGAAGCCCUUCUGGGAACGACCACCUCAGGACCCCAGCAGCCCAGGAGCAGAUGGAAAAGCAUUUCAAAAGAAAGAAUGGACCCCUCUAGAGACCCAGGAAAAGGAUGAGGGCUAUAAGAAACACUGCUUCAAUGCCUUUGCCAGUGACCGCAUCUCUUUGCAGAGGUCCCUGGGGCCAGACACCAGACCCCCUGAGUGUGUUGACCAGAGGUUCCGGCGUUGUCCCCCACUGCCCACCACUAGCGUGAUCAUUGUGUUCCACAAUGAAGCCUGGUCCACUCUGCUGCGCACAGUAUACAGUGUCCUGCACACCAGCCCUGCCAUCUUGCUCAAGGAGAUCAUCCUAGUGGAUGAUGCCAGCACAGAGGAAUACCUGAAGGAGCGGCUGGAGCAAUACGUACAACAGUUGCAGAUCGUGAAGGUGGUGCGGCAGCAGGAGCGGAAGGGGCUCAUUACAGCCCGGCUGCUGGGGGCGAGUGUGGCGCAGGCCGAGGUGCUCACGUUCCUGGACGCCCACUGUGAGUGCUUCCAUGGCUGGCUGGAGCCCCUCCUGGCUCGAAUUGCUGAGGAUAAGACAGUGGUGGUGAGCCCAGACAUUGUCACCAUCGACCUUAACACUUUCCAGUUCUCCAAACCUGUACAGAAAGGCAAAGCCCACAGCCGAGGCAACUUCGACUGGAGCCUGACCUUUGGCUGGGAGUUGCUCCCUGCACAUGAGAAGCAGAGACGCAAGGAUGAGACCUACCCCAUCAAAUCCCCCACGUUUGCCGGUGGCCUCUUCUCCAUCUCCAAGGCCUACUUUGAGCACAUUGGUACCUAUGAUGAUCAGAUGGAGAUCUGGGGAGGGGAGAAUGUGGAAAUGUCCUUCCGGGUAUGGCAGUGUGGAGGCCAGAUGGAGAUCAUCCCCUGCUCCGUGGUAGGCCAUGUGUUCCGAACCAAGAGUCCCCACACCUUCCCCAAGGGCACCAGUGUCAUUGCACGCAAUCAGGUGCGCCUGGCUGAGGUCUGGAUGGAUAGCUACAAGAAGAUCUUCUAUAGGAGAAACCUGCAGGCAGCGAAGAUGGUCCAGGAGAAUAGUUUCGGUGACAUUUCGGAGCGACUGCAACUGAGGGAACAGCUACACUGCCACAAUUUUUCCUGGUAUCUGCACAAUGUCUACCCAGAGAUGUUUGUCCCUGACCUGAACCCCACCUUCUAUGGAGCCAUUAAGAAUCUCGGUACCAAUCAGUGUUUGGAUGUGGGCGAGAACAACCGCGGAGGGAAGCCCCUCAUCAUGUAUGUCUGCCACAACCUUGGCGGCAAUCAGUACUUUGAGUACACAUCUCAGCGGGACCUUCGUCACAACAUUGGGAAGCAGCUGUGUCUACACGCCAGCGCUGGCACACUGGGCCUUAGGAGCUGUCAGUUCACCGGCAAAAAUAGCAAAGUGCCCAAGGACGAGGAAUGGGAGGUGACUCAGGAUCAACUCAUCAGGAACUCAGGGUCAGGCACCUGCCUGAUAUCCCAGGACAAAAAGCCAGCCAUGGCCCCCUGUAACCCCAGUGACCCCCACCAGCUCUGGCUGUUUGUCUAGUCCUGGGAUCAUCCCCACUGCAAGUCUAACAAGCCCCUCAGGAAGUGGGGUCGCCGAGCAUCUGGCAGUCUUCUCCCCCAGCUCCUCUGGAGGCCUGAGACUUGGGUUUCUAAACCCAGUGGCCAUCAAGGUGGGAUCUUCUUAAUUCUUGCAACAACACUGGUUCCAUUUUCUUCCUCCAUGCCAGUGGAAGAGACCAGGAGGUCACAUACUACUUGGCCCAAGACUUUCCUCAUCUCCUAGAGACAGUGGCCUCCAAAGCCGACUGAAAAUAUGUCCUACAGAGGGGCUGGAAGCACAGAGACCCUUCCUGGUUAGCACACCCUAGCGCCAAACCAUUCUGACUUAUACAGAGUGCCUUUACCCUAUAGCGUUGUGCAAUUAUCUAUGGAAGAGACAGGAAAGGAAACCCCAUUGUACCAAUAAGAAAGUUGUGGCUGAGCUGGGAUACAGUUUGGAGAAAAGGCUUGGGUUUGACUCCCUAACACUGCAAAAGACAGAAAAGGGAGAGGCCAGGGGAGGAAAUCAGACGCAGAGAGUACAUACAGCAGGCAGGUGGCUCAAGCUGCAGCUGAUCCAGGGCUCCUUCCAGCACACAAGAACACUAGACCAUGUGCUGCCAGCCUUGCUGUUUCUUGACCCCUCUCUGACCAUAUUGGCUGGCUGGCUUCCAUAUAGCUAGCUAGCAAGAAAGGAGACCACAUUGAGAAUCCUGGGUUGUUACUGUUGAAGGAAGUUCACUGGCUGAGAUGCAAAUGAGUCUCAACACAUAAGGCCUUGGCCCCUUUGUUAUAACCCAUAUAUAAGGAGAUAUAAAGCAAAGCAGGAACUAGGCAUGAAGGUGCAGGCUUACAGGCUCGGUAUUUAGAGACUAAAACAUGUUUAAGGCCAGUCUGGACUUUAGAGUUCAACCCUGUCUUGAAAGCAAUAAAAAAAUAGCAUGGGGAAUAUGCGGGCAAUGCCUCGCAGCCCCUAAAUUAGGGUAGACCAAUUUUUUAAUUUAUUUUUCAGCAAAAGCUAAAUAGGUGUUUUGUCCAAGGUCGCCUGGCAAGAUGUUUGGCAGCUCUGAGGCUAAACCUCAGAUAAGGCUAAUCAGUCCUAGAAAGUCUGAAGGUUCAGGAACAGUGUGCAGAUGACUAAAGAACUAACACCAUCAACUGUCCUUGCACAAGUUCCUUGUAUGGGGCCGACCUGAGGAUCCAACCCUUCUGCCAUCCACUGUUGUUCUGCCUGGAAGAAAACUGCAGUGGCACGCUGUUACCACAUGAGGGCGCCAUGGGAUCACAGCUUCCUCCUGCUCCAUGCAACUAACUGCACAUUGCAGGAAGUCUCCCAUGUCCCCAGGGAGACGGUCAGGGGUGGUUUAGCCAAAGGGGAGGAAACUGGCCAAGCUGUGACCCAGGAUGGGGGAAGGGAAGAGAGACCGACAUGGGGACCCGGUAGAAAU